CUCUGGUCCAGGCGUGUGGGUGUCAGCCGCGACCUCUGUGCUGGGAUGAGCCAUGCUCCCAGUUAAAGCAAGGGAGCCCAGCCACAGCCACGGCCAGCACAGUGGUAGCAGUUGGACUGACCAUUCCAGCUGCAGGAUUUGCAGGCCGUUAUGUUUUGCAAGCCAUGAAGCACAUGGAGCCUCAAGUAAGACAAGCUUUUCAAAGUCUACCAAAGUCUGCCUUCAGUGAUGGCUAUGACAGAGUUGGGUUUGAAUCCAAAAUGACAAAACGGGAAGCAGCGUUAAUACUAGGUGUAAGCGCUACUGCCAAUAAAGGGAAAAUAAGAGAUGCUCAUCAACAAAUCAGGCUUUUAAAUCAUCCUGACAAAGGAGGAUCUCCUUAUAUAGCAGCCAAAAUCCAUGAAGCUAAAGAUUUACUAGAAGGUCAAGCUAAAAAAUUAAGUAAAUGUAUGACGAAUUUUAAGUUCAUAUUAGUCUACGUAUAUGAGUACUACGUUUUUAUAAUAAAAUACCUCAGAGCUACAAUUUAAA